GGAAAACUACCUCCAGGCACUGCUGCAGCUGGUAAGAUCCUCCAGAUCAUAGGGAUAGGGCAGUUAAGCAAGGACCAGAAUCAACAUCUCUGUCACAUCUGAAACUGUGGAAUAGAUGGAUAAGGAAUUGGAAAAGCAAAGAAAACUGAAAUCAACUUUACGUUGCGUUUCUUGCACAGCGUUAGACUACGCCCACUAGUGCCUGUAGACGUGCGCACCAUCAUCGUUAAAAAGAUGCCCUCUCCAAACAGGAAGAAACAGAAGACGGACAGCGCGAAAAAUGCGUCGUCCUCGGGGGCCAAGAAGAGUACGUGGGACAAGGACAAAACUGCAGCUGAUGGGGCGGGGGCUGCGGGAUCUGCUGCCUCGACCUCGUCUCGUCCCGCUGAGGACCCUUUCGCUAAAUUAUUCCUGGCUUCUGUGAGACGCGCCAUGGAGCAGCCAAAAUCCCAUGCGAGCUGUGUCGCUCUUCUGCAGCUAGCUUCCCCAGAUUUUGAGGCCGGGGAGUUCACCAGAGAGGUGCCGCGGAGUCGUGCUCUCCGGGCAUUGAAACAACGAUUGGCGCCAAGCAAACACGCGGACGAAUCCGAGGCGUCAGCUUUGUGCCAGGGAUUGGACGACUUCGUUUCUGCCUGUUUGGCCGCACCCAAAAAAUCAAGCGUCGGCGCUUCCGAAGCAGGCGAGCAAGAACGGGACCGCGCCAGCGCGAGGCACAACGACGAGGGUGCGGACGCCGGUAGCAACCUUCCGAUGAGCUUCAACCUUUUCGAGAACUACGCGAAAAUAAAGCUGGGGGACAGCUCUUCCUGGAUGAGCCUUUGGAAGUAUAAAAAGUUCGUGCGACGCGAGGGUGCGUUGCAGAGCAAAGGAGAAGUGUUGGGAGUGGUAAGCGAAGCAACAUCUUCUCUGGAGCACUCCGCGUGCUUGAUGGCGAUCAACUGGAGUGCGCACAUUGUUUGCGGGAAAGAACCCGGAAAAUGGUUGUCGUCAGCGAUGGAAGAAAUCACUAAUCACAAAGUUUUGACAACUGCGAAGGACAUGUCCAUUAAUGACAUCAAGCGCCUGAUAAUGAAAGUCGGGCCCGUCGUUAGCACUUCCUUUUCUCUGACCAAGGAACUCGUCCGCGCUUGCGCUGCAAACACUUUCCGCGAAGAUUUCGUCGGUAAAAAGCAUCCCGUUGUGGUAGCAGGAUGGCAGUACUCCUCGCACGGCACCAGUUGGCUAGUAAAGCCACUCGGUCCUUCUGAUGUUGCACCUGUGCACUACAGCAAGAAGGGAGACAAGGCUUCCACCCACUACGACAAACACUACGACAACGCUGGCAAUCAAUUCAUCCGGCAGGAGAUUACGGAGGGCGUUAGUCUCUUGCCUGUUGGGACGAAGAGCUUUGGCAUUGAGGACGAGAUCAAAUAUUGCAAGCCUGACAGCCUAAUUGACAAAAAAUUUCACAACGGUUCUUAUCUCGGAUUCGACAAGAAGCUUUCCGCCGUGGACGCAGAAGCGUGGCCGACCAGGACGAAAUUUGUCUGGGACAACAUCAAGCCGGCGGGUCUGUCCAAGUUGUUCAGCGCUUUCCAGGCUGAAAAUUUACAAACCGAGGUUGGAAUUGUGGGGGUAAGCACUCGUGGAAACAAGACACGCAUUGUGGAGCUGCACCCUCCGGGCCAAAGAGCCCGGAGCAGAAAGGCAAAAAUUGUGGACUUAAUUUACGACAAAGACAAGAAUGUCUACACAGCGACUUUUCUUUUUGCUGCUUGAUUGGCGAAUCGGAAUGCAGCCAAACAGAAAGCAUGUCUUGGCAGUCGUCGUUUUUCAAAACAAGCGAUGGAUUUCAUUACUAGUGCUCCAGAUUGCAGUGAUUUGCUCCGCACAUCUCGUGCGAUAAUGACCCACACUUUUGGUUUUGGCUUUGUAUGUAUUUUACCGGCCUGU